CAUGCGCAGAGGGACGAGCCCGCUGACAGAUUCUCGGUGGCGGUGGCGGCGGCCGCGGCCCUGGACUGCGGGGAAUGGGAAUCCUAGGUCUCUGACUGAGCACCGCCCCCGCCUCCGUGCCCGCGACAUGGCCCAGGAGAAGAUGGAGCUAGACCUGGAGCUCCCUCCGGGCACAGGUGGGAGCCCGGCGGAAGGCAGCAGCAGUGGCGGCGGCGGGGGCCUCAGGAGAUCUAACAGCGCCCCCCUGAUCCACGGCCUCAGUGACACUUCUCCGGUGUUCCAGGCCGAGGCGCCGAGCGCCAGGCGGAACAGCACAACGUUCCCGAACCGCCACGGCCUGCUUCUGCCGGCCUCCCCCGUCCGCAUGCACAGCAGCCGCUUGCACCAGAUCAAACAGGAGGAGGGCAUGGACUUGAUCAAUCGAGAGACUGUCCACGAGCGCGAGGUGCAGAACGCAAUGCAGAUAAGCCACUCCUGGGAGGAAAGUUUCAGCCUGAGCGACAACGACGUGGAGAAGUCUGCCUCCCCGAAACGCGUCGAUUUCAUUCCGGUGUCGCCAGCACCGUCGCCUACCCGGGGAAUUGGAAAGCAGUGUUUUUCACCAUCCUUGCAAAGUUUUGUGAGUAGCAAUGGAUUGCCUCCAAGUCCUAUUCCCAGCCCAACGACCCGAUUUACUACCCGGAGAAGCCAGAGUCCCAUUAAUUGCAUUAGACCAAGUGUUCUUGGACCAUUGAAAAGAAAAUGUGAAAUGGAAACUGAAUAUCAGCCAAAGAGAUUUUUCCAAGGCAUCACCAACAUGCUUUCUUCUGACGUUGCGCAGCUGUCAGAUCCGGGUGUGUGUGUAUCUUCCGAUACCCUUGAUGGAAACAGCAGCAGCGCCGGAUCUUCUUGUAACUCACCAGCGAAAGUCAGCACUACCACUGACUCUCCUGUGUCGCCUGCCCAAGCGGCCUCUCCGUUUAUUCCAGUAGAUGAACUUUCAUCUAAGUGAUUCACCCACCCAUCCUGAGACUCGGUUUUGUUUUUGCAAUGGAGAGAAAAAUCAAGUUGGAACAAGCACUGAACUUUGUCGAUUAAUUUGAGGCUAUUUCCUAUUUGACCCUUUUCCUUUUUUGGAAUUUCCUGAAAUGUUGUUAUUUCUAGAGAACUUUUAUGUCAGAUUCUAGGGGAUGCCCGUGAAUUCAGUGUAGUAAUAUUUUCAGACGUUUUCCCAAUAAGUGUGUUGAAGCAUACAUCUUUACGCUGCUAAUAUGUCUAAAUACAUAUGUUAUCCCUUGAUUUUUUAAAAAACUGAGAGCUCUAUUUAUUUAUGGGAUUAUUAAGUUCUGAUGCAAAUAUAAAUGUUGAAUUAAUCAGCAUCGUAAACUGAUGUUUUAAAAUUCCAUACUUCAUGCCCACACUAAUUUUUAAUGUUAUUGUCAGUGAUUGCUAACUUCUGUUUGAUGAAGAACAAUAACUUACUUAUGUACAGCUAUUUUUAAAGUGUUAGUGUUAUCCAUCUGGUGGUUGUCAGUUUUACCCAGGAGUCCUUGAAUAUUUAAUUUUCUGGGUAUAGAAGUGGAUGGGGGGGAAGCUGAUAAAAGAGCAAAAUAUGAAAGUUUGCAACAGAUCUUUUAAAUAUACAAAAGUAAACAUUUAAACAUUUUCUAAUGAAAUUUUAAUAGUAAUUUAAUAUGUCAUACAAAUAUAACUACUAUACAGAAUUUCUUCUUCUUUUUUUUUAACCAGAUAGUGCAUUCCUGUGGAUAUAUUCCUGAAGUUAAAUGGGACAGUGCCUUGCAGUCUUAGCCCACUGUACAUAGGCUGAGGCCAGGUUCUUUGUACCACUGCAGACUUUAUCAACUGUAGAAAAUGUGUGGGAAGCCCUGUUGAAUUUGAGCAGAGCACCUAGGCAGAUGAAACUCUGUCAGUCAUUGAUAUGCUUUAAUAAGAUAUUCAGUCGUGCCUCAGUGAAAAUUCUUGCCAACAAGGAGCUCAAGAAACUUUUGGCUGCUUUUCCACUUUGUCCAUCUGUCACCUUCUUGGUUUUCCCUGGCUCAGGAAGGAAGCAGCUGUUUCCUUGCCAACAGGUCCUUCCUUUCUACCUCCCAAGAAACUAGGGCAUCAUCAGUUAGACAAAGGUACGGUGUGACUCAAAUUUCUCACAGUAAGCAACAACAGGACUGUGGAAUUGUUUCAGGAACCUCUGUGGUUAAAGCUACAGCUGGAGUUGACUGCCUGGGGGAUGUCAGUUAAUGACUUGUCAGAGAAAAUCAGGGGAGAGUCACCUAGGUAAAUCAUUAUUUAAUUUAGGUUUUAGUAAAGGUAGAAUUAUGAAAUGUUCUUUUCUUUGCCUUUUACAAUUAAGACAAAGUAUGAAAAUAUUUAAUGACAGUUUUUUUUAUAUGAUACUUUCUUAUUUCCUGUAUUUUCCUUAACUAGAUAACUAGGUAGAUAGAAAGAAGGGCAAACAAAAGGGAAAGGGGAAAAAAAUAAGAGAGACCAAGAAACCAAGAGAAAAAUUUCUGGCUCACUUUAAGUUAUUGCCUACAGAGACGUUACAGUUAUAUGGAAUUUUUACAACUAUGAGAAUAAAUGGAACUGGUCAACUCAAGAAUUCAGUGAAUUACAGCGAGGGUAAGAUUGUGUGUACAGGCUUAAAGUUCUCUCUUCUGGGUAAUAGUGUUAAUAUGCUCCAGUUCUGACCUUGUUGCUCAAAUUCACAUGUAUAUAUCCAACUUCCUAUUGGGCGCUUUGACCUACUCCCAGAGGUUCUUUAACCUCAGCAUCUCCAGAGCAAAAUAUAUUACCUUUUCUUUUAACCUGUCCCUGGAUGAUCUAAAACUAUGUCAUCCUAUCUAAUUUCCUGAACUCAAAACGGUGGGUAGCAUCUUUGACUUUCCCUCUUCCGGUGCUGCCACAUCCAGCUCAAUCACCAUGUCCUGUCUGCUCGCGAACUGAGUCUCCCUUUCUCUGUCUCUGUUGCCCCUGAAUUUAGCUUAAGUCCCAGCCUAAGUGAUCUCCGAGCCUAUUUUCUUACCUCCCUUUUGAUCCAGGCUUCGUACUGCCUCUGAAGUGAUCUUUCUAAAAUACUUGAUUUUGUCAUCCUCCUGCUUGAAAACUUUAUAUGCGUCACCAUUUUGUACAUUUUAGUGAAUGCUUUCUUCAGCUUGACAUAAGAGGUUCUUCAUGAACUGCCUAUAAGCUAACACAAUAUAGGCAUCCUCUGCUCAUCCUGUCCCAAUUACAUGUCCUUUCUUCUUUGUAAACCCUAGACCAGUUGGUAAUCUUUAAAUAUGCCUGUACUUUCGUGUGUUUGUACCUUUGAUUAAAUAGUUUCUUUCCCUAAAAUGCCAUUCCUGUCCUUUUCACCCAGGAAAAUGUUGUUUCUUUUUAUUGCAUUUGAAUUUAACUAUGAAAUAAUGUAUACCUUCUACUUAUAAAAAUAUUUAAACAAUGCAGGUAUCUACAUAGUAAAAAGUGAAAAUCUGUCUGUGUUUACUAUGGAAAAUUCAUCUUCUUUUCCUAUAGGUAAUUUCUGUUAAUAAUUCAGUUUAUAUUGUACAAGAUAUUACUGUGCAUUCCAUGUAUAUAGGUAUAUAAAUUUCAGAAAAACAACAUCUCACUGACAUCUCUUUUCUUUCCCUCAUAUCUAAUCAUUCACCAAAUCUUAUUGAUCUUUUCUUCUAGAAUCUGUCUUUUCAUCUCAGCUGCCACCCAGAUCCAGCCUACCAUCAUGUCCCGCUUAGGCCUCCUGAUUCCCACUUGUCCCUUCACACUCUGUUUGGGUACCUGUUCAUCUUCCAUACAUCAACCAGAGUAAUCCUUUUAAAGUUGCAGAUCAGAUCUUUACAUCUCUCAGCUUAAAGCUUUUCAUUUGCUUCCUGUUGUUCUUGUGGUAUACCAAAAGGUAUUCAUUCCAGCUUAGGAGGCCCUGUGCAAUCUGGCCCUUGCCUUUCCCUCCCCUUGUUUUCUGCAUUCACCCCUUACUGGCUUGCUUCUCAUGCAGUACAUCUUGCUCUCUCCUGUCUUACCACGUUUUACCAGAUCCUCUUCCCUGAAGGUAUAGAGAAACUUUUAUUUCUGUAAGUUUGCUUUUCUGUAUCGGUGGUAAGUUUUAAAUUCAGUAAGCCUCUAAGUUUUUACAGACAAUUUACAUUAUUGUUCAUAACUUCCGUCAUUACUCUGUAGAAUGUAAGGGGCUAGCUGAUAUAAGAAUUGUCCUUCAAAAAACAUUUUUAAGGUAUUAGUAUUGCUAAUCUAUAAACUUGGUGCUAGAAGCCCCAAAGCACAUAUCAACCUUGAGUUAAAGUGCAGUUCAUCAUAUGUAAGAAACCUCUGUUGUAUAUUUUCCUGUUAUGUUUGUUAAAAACAGCAGUGUAAGUGGAAAAAAUAAUUAGUAGUCACCAAAUCUGUGACUGCAGGAUGUCAGAACCUUUAAGCAUACUUAAAAGAUUGAUUGUAAUCAAGAUUAAUCGGUAUGGGGUUGCCUUCCAGUGGUUCUCAUUUAUCCGUUCAGCCAGCUACAUACCUACAACAAGAGACCUCUCUUAGAUAUUUGGCAUAUAAUGGGGAAAGGGUCAAGGCUUAUGAGGGAAACAGGACUGAGAAUUGUUUUCUUAUUGGCAUGUUUUUAGGUCAGUAGGAAAAGUCUGAAGGUCCAAGAGAGAAGUGGGAUCCUGGGGGUGGCGGUGGUGGGGAGGGAAUAGUUGCCAAAGCAACAAACCAAAGAUGGUGAUGUAAUUGACAUUUCCUGCAUAGCAUCAGAGAAUAGAAGAAAGAGUUGGUCUUGGAAAGCACUUUUUUUUUUUUUUUCUUUUGCAAUAGGAAGGAGAGUGAAAAGGCUAGACAACAAUAGCAGUAAAUGUUGAUUCAUGUUGCAGGAGUUUAGCGGUAUGGAGGAAGGCAUAUGAAAAUUGAAAGAAUUUCUGAUUGCUUCUAUUUCCCAAUUUUUAAGGAGUGUAGGCUAUUUGAGGGUAGGGCAGGAGUACCUUUGGAAGCUUGAGUGAAGUAAAGGUUUAGUGCUGCCUCUGUGAGAACCUGUAAAGGAGUUGACAAAGGUGAGUAGGAGUUUUGUUAGGCCACAUUAGAUGGCAGGUGCAAAAGAAGUAGAUUGGAUUCACCUAGGUUUGGGAGUUGGUUACGCAGGUACUUGGUAAAGCCCAGUGUGUGAAGCAAUUAAGGGUUUUGCUGAAAGUGGAGUUGAAUGAUUGGCCAAGAUCUUGAAGAUGUUACAAGAAGUCAGCAGUGGGUCAUGGACUAGGCUGUUUUUUCAAGAUCUUACAUUCCAUUCAACCAUGACAAAGUAUACGGAGAGUCUGAUCUCACUGCAGAACUCAGUUUAUCAGUUUUGCCCAUGUUUUUUCAUGUUAUUCAGAGAAUCAAGCCUAAAUCAGCAAGCCUUGAAUUCCAUUUAGAUGAUUAAAAAAAAAAACACACACACACACACAAAAACACCUUUUUUUGAGUCAGAUUGUUCACUGUAGCCAAGGCAGUUCUUUAUGCCUUCCCUACCUUGCCAUCCAACUAAAGAAGUUUUCUUAAAAGUUAAUGUGACCUUUAUAUUCAAAUGUCUAUUAGAGAGUACUUAACUGUGUGUCAGGCUCUGUUCUAGCUGCUAAACAAAUGUAUUAUUUAAUCUUCAUCACUGUCCUCUGAGUAAAUUAGUGCCAUUAUUAUUCUCAUUUUAUUAGUGAAGAAAUGGAGUCACAGAGAGAUUAGGUAACCUGCUCAGGGUUCCGAAUUAGGAGGCAGGCAACAUACUGUGGUGGUUAAAAACAGGCUGUGGAGCCGGGAGGCUGAGGUAAGGAUUAAGUGGGUCACUAUAUGUCAAGUUCUCACAGCAAUGCUGGCAAUUUCUGUAGAAGUAUCAACUAUCAUUACUAUCCUUGUGGGGACGGUGGUUGUCAUUAUAUUAUUGUCAUCUAGUGUGGACUUGCUGAGGAAUCUUUUAUCAUCCUUGACUGCUGAGGCUCCUCCUUUCACACUAACAACGUACCCUUUACCCCUCUAGGCAGCCUGUCCUUUUAUAAGAUGAGUGUUUUCAACAUUGGAGUCUUCUUAACAGUGAGCAGACAUUUCCCUCUGUAAGUUCCACCAUUUAAUUCAUGUCCAACUCUCUGGAAAAUGCAGAAUAAGUCUUACCUCUUCUUUAUAUGAUAAUCUUCCCUUCACAAAUCAGAAACACUGAUCCCUCAGUAAUUACCUCCUCUUCUGGAUUUGGGGACUCUUGAGGAAUCUUUUCGGUGUGCUUUCUUCAUAAAGUAGAGCUAUCCUUGCUUGGCAGGUAGGAUUUUCACAAGACAGUGAUUCCUUUAAGACUGUUUGCUUUCCCUUAUAGAAAAACAGGAGAUGGUCUAAUAACUUGAAUCAUUGCCAGUAGUAAUAAUAAUUGGCACUAAUGUAUAUUGAAUAUUCAGUAUGGGCCUAGACACUAUUUUCUGUGCUUCAAUCCUCAUGACAACCCUAUGAGGUAAAUGCAAUGAUUAUUCCCAUUUAACAUGAGAAAACCAAAUACAUUUUCUCAAGUCUCUAUUACUUUCUUAUUUUCUUCUCCUUUUGAAUUUAAGUCUAUUUGUCAUUUCCUCUGAGCAAACUUUUGGUUUGGUUUUUGAGAUGAAGCCUAUUUUCCAGCUUGCUAGUGUUAGCACUUCUGUUUUGAAUCAAAUGAUAUGUUUACUUAAAGUGAUGGCUUUAGACAUUAUUAUCAUAUUAGAGGAAGCGAUCAGGAGGAUUGUUUUCUUUACUAAGAGGUUAAAAAAAGUAGAAUAGAAGGAAAUCAUAAUUUACUUAUUUUAAAACUGAUUUGCUAUUUGAAAUAAGAAAUCCCAAACUACAAAUUUUAGAUUGUUUUUAAAAAACAUGUAUAAAUAAAAAAUACAUAUAUGUGUUAUA